AAAAAAAAUCUCGGCUCGACCAACGUGGUUAUUUGCAGCAGGUUCACGCUAUCAGUAAAUUAGGACAUGGAUUGCGGGUGUAGGUCCGAGCGGAGAAAGCGAAUGGACUGAAGGGCGCUGGGUGAAUGAGAUAAAAAGGCAGGCUUUGCGAGGUCCCUGUUCGUCCCACGCAGGCAUAUCGGCCGUGCCACAUUAAACAGUGCAGAAGGACGGGGGGGCAGCGCUCAGUGUAAAGCCAUACCGCGAAAUGCUCACGUCUGUUCUGGGCUUUCUUAUUCUUCCGAUAUGUCUUCAGCACGGCGUUUUUGUUCGGGGGUCCAAGACAGAAUGUGACCCCUCCCAGUUCCAGUGUGGAAACGGCCGCUGCAUCCCUUCCGUGUGGCGGUGCGAUGGAGACGAAGACUGCUCCGACGGCAGCGACGAGAGCACCUGCGUGAGGAAGACCUGUGUAGAGGUAGACUUCGUGUGCCGGAACGGUCAAUGUGUCCCCAAGAGGUGGCAUUGUGAUGGCGAGCCGGACUGUGAAGAUGGAUCCGACGAAAGCGCUGAUGUUUGCUACGCACGGACCUGCCGCGUGAACGAGUUCAGCUGCGGCGCCGGGACCACUCAGUGUAUUCCCGUGUUCUGGAAAUGCGACGGCGAGAAGGACUGCGAUAACGGCGAGGAUGAGGUUAACUGUGGCAACAUCACAUGCGCCCCCUUGGAAUUCACAUGCGCGAGCAGCCGCUGCGUUUCACGGAACUUCGUGUGCAACGGCGAGGAUGACUGCGGUGACGGCAGCGACGAGCUAGACUGCGUGCCGUCGUCCUGCGGCCCAGCCAGUUCCAGUGUGGCAAUGCCACGUGCAAUCCCCGCCAGCUGGGUCUGUGACGACGACGUGGACUGCCAGGACCAGUCGGACGAGUCGCCUCAGCGCUGUGGCCGCCGGCCCACGCCGCCCAAGUGCCCCUCUGGCGAGAUGCGCUGUGGUUCCGGCGAGUGCAUCCACCGCAAGUGGCGCUGCGAUGGCGAUACAGACUGCAAGGAUGGUAGCGACGAGGUCAACUGCCCUGUGCGAACCUGCAGACCGGACCAGUUCAAGUGUGACGACGGUAGCUGCAUUCAUGGCAGCCGACAGUGUAAUGGUUUGAGGGACUGCGCUGAUGGCAGCGACGAGGUCAUCUGCAAAAACGUUACCCAGUGUAAUGGUCCAGACAAGUUCAAAUGUCGGAGUGGAGAGUGCAUUGAGACAAGCAAAGUGUGCAACAAAGUCCGGGACUGUUUGGACUGGAGCGACGAGCCCAUCAAAGAAUGCAAUCUGAACGAGUGCCUCCAGAACAACGGUGGGUGCUCCCACAUCUGCAGAGACAAUGUGAUUGGCUACGAGUGCGACUGCCCUCCAGGACUGCAGCUCAUAGACCGAAAGACCUGUGGCGAUAUCAACGAGUGCUUGAACCCUGGGAUCUGUAGCCAGAUUUGCAUCAACCUGAAAGGGGGCUAUAAGUGUGAGUGUCACAAUGGCUACCUUAUGGAUGCCUCCACUGGAGUGUGUAAGGCAGUGGGGAAGGAACCAUGUCUGAUCUUCACUAAUCGACGAGAUAUCCGAAAGCUGGGCCUGGAACGGAGGGAGUACACGCAGAUCGUUGAACAGCUCCGCAACACUGUUGCUCUGGAUGCAGACUUCACCCAACAGAAGAUUUUCUGGGCUGACCUGGGGCAGAAGGCCAUUUUCAGCACGUCACUGGACAAGCGGGAUGAGGGGGGUUCAAAAGUAAUCGACAACAUACAGACGCCUAUUGGGAUUGCUGUAGACUGGAUUUACAAGAACCUGUACUGGUCUGACCUGGCCACCAAGACCAUCUCUGUGGCUGACUUCAAUGGCACUAAGAGGAAGGUUCUGUUUAGCUCUGGUUUGAAAGAGCCAGCCUCCAUCGCUGUGGAUCCACUUUCUGGGUUUCUGUACUGGUCAGAUAGGGGAGAACCAGCAAAGAUUGAGAAGUCUGGCAUGAAUGGUGUUGACCGGCAGGUCCUGGUUGAGACGGACAUCCAGUGGCCCAAUGGGAUCACACUCGACCUCAUCAAAAGCAGACUUUACUGGGUGGACUCCAAGCUGCACAUGCUUUGUAGUGUGGACCUUAAUGGGGACAACAGACGCAAAAUACUACAGUCUCCCGAUUACCUCCCUCACCCCUUCGCCCUCACUGUCUUUGAGGAUCGUGUAUUUUGGACAGAUGGCGAGAAUGAGGCAAUCUACGGGGCGAACAAAUUUACAGGGCUGGAUGUGAUCACGCUUGCCAGCAAUCUGAAUGAGCCGCAGGACAUCAUUGUUUACCACGAGCUGAUUCAGCUCUCUGGAAUUAACUGGUGCAGUGAGAAGGUGGAAAACGGAGGUUGUGCCUACAUGUGCCUGCCUGCGCCGCAGAUCAAUAAGCACUCGCCGAAAUACACCUGUGUGUGCCCCCAGGGCAAGGAGCUCUCGGCAGAUGGCCUUCAUUGCAGACCAGAGGGGAAUAUUAGCACCUCCAUCCAUGAAGUGAACUCCUCAGCCAAAGGAUCAGCUGCAGCCUGGGCUAUCCUUCCUGUUUUGUUGCUUGCGAUGACUGCUGCGGGAGGCUACCUGAUGUGGCGCAACUGGCAACUGAAGAACAAGAAGAGCAUGAACUUCGACAACCCUGUGUACUUAAAGACCACCGAGGAGGACCUCAACAUUGACAUUAGUCGGCAUAGCUCGUCAGUCGGCCACACGUAUCCCGCUAUAUCUGUUGUGAAUACAGAGGACGACUUAUAGCCUAGUCUGACACCACUCCAUCUGUUUACGAUCUCUUUGGUGUCCAUGCCAACAGCUGCUAUUUAGCAGAGCUACAACCAGAUGCCUUCUGAUGUGCAUUGAGUUUUCUUUUUUUUUUUUUUUUUUUUUUUUUUACUUUGAGGUGUGGCAGGGUGAGGGUGUGGGAUGCUUGUCACUGUUUAGUGUAUAUGAUGAAAUCUACUGAAUCCCUAAGACCUGCACUGAGCAUGCCCAGAGCAGCCUGGCCUUUGGGUGUGAUCUGUUCUACUUUCUCUCCAUUUACCCUCCGUUUUCCCACAAUCCAAUGCCUGCUCUGGCAGGAUACUGAAGUGUCAUUGGUACAGAAUGCUUGGACCGCAUAGUUAACAGCCUGUGAAUAUUUAAUGAGAUGCAUAUUUUAGGCAGUCAUGUCUUAAACCAUGUGACUUUUUAUUAUCAAUUGUAUUACCUCCUGAAGCACAUUCUUAUGAAGCUUCUGUAUGCUGGUGAGGCAAGCUGUAUAAGAAAUGUGCUGUUAUGACAUUUGUAAAACUAGGAAAUUUGUACAUACUGUCCCGAAAAAUUGCAAUCAGGACAUUGAAGCACUUUGAUCAAGCUUACUCUGUAAAUAAGAUUGUAUACAUUGGACUGAAUCAUUUUUUUGCAAAGGUUGGGCGUAGUACCAGGGUAGAGAUGUAUUUAAAAAAUGAAUUUGUUAAAAUAUUUUGUAUGUUUGUGCUGUUCCUGUGACCUUUUAUAGCAUUGUACAGGGGUACUUAACUCUGUGAAAGCAUAAAACAUUUGCAGUCACUUCAAAUAAAAUAAUAUGUGAAA